GAGGCUUGGAGGCCUGGCCUGGAGGCCACUCUGGAGGAUGAGGUCCAUCGUUGAGUGGAGGGAGACUGGUCAGGAGACCAGAGACCACAGCCAGGUCAAGCACCAGACCACUAACAAAGACCCUAACUACCCGCACAUCAGGAAUUGGCUGUUUGACCACAUCUACUUCAACUUCUACGAUGGAACGAGAGUGUACGACAACCAAGACUCCGUCCAUGGUCAGUCUUCCCGACAACCUCACCACCAUGAAGCUACCAUGUUCAACCAGGUGAUUGAUAAAGUUAUGUCUCACUUGAACACCAAGUUCCCAGGAAAGUACCAACGUGAUCACUGUUCCUCUCUAAGGUACCGGACAGUGCCGACUGUGGGACUGGAACUUGACGUGAUCUGUCGCACCCCCGACGGUGAGACAGAGAGAGUGACUCUGGUGAAGGAGUUCUCUGUACCACGCCUCGCCUUCCACCACGACCGUCCCAACACCUCUAUCACCCUCAUCGUGCCUCUCCAGGGGCGUCUCCACACUCUGAAGGUCUUUCUGGCGAACCUGAGGGUAGUGCUUGGCCAGGGUCUCCUUCAGGUGGGUCUUACUGUGGUCUACUUCAACGACCUGGACAGCCAGAAAGUCCAGCAACUCCUGAAGGCCACGGAAGACCAGACCCACAACCUGAAGACGGAGUUCAUCCCUCUGAAGGAGAAGUUCUCCCGAGGGCUUGGUCUGCAGGAGGGAGUGAGGAAGACCAGACUGGAGGGGCAGGUUAUGUUCUUCUGUGAUGUCGAUGUCCUCUUCAGCAGGGAGUUCCUGACCAGAUGUCUCAACACACCAGUACGAGGCUACCAGGUGUACAUGCCCACACUGUUCUCACUGUACAACCCAAGGUUCGUCUUCCCACACUCUGCUGCGCCACCUUCUGCGCUGCAGCUGAUGCAAGUCAGGGAUCAUUAUGGUUACUGGCGCAUCUGGGGCCAUGGGAUGGUGUGUAUAUACAAGGAUGACGUCUUGAAGAUGGGUCCCAUCCCAAACGGGACCUCCUGGGGUGGUGAAGACCUCAACCCACUUGAGAAAAAGGUACGAUAA